GGGCGGUCUCACUUAUCUCACCAACAGGGGCUUCUGUGUUAACUGAGGCUAAACAAACACAGAUGAACAUUCACACAAAAUCUGCUGCCAAUGUCUGCCUGACUUCACAGGAGGAGCUCUACACAGACGGACAGACAUGUUUCUCACUGAACACUUAUUUAUAUAACGUCCUCGUCAACAUUAUUUCUAUUGCUUAUUUGACUUUUAGCGAUGAAGAACCCAAUGCAUGUAAAUGACGCUCACUGUCAGAUCCUCAACCCGGUUUCUGGAGACAAGAGAUUAAAACGCAAAGCCAGAGAUCCGGUGAAGCAUGUCAGUGAUGUAUCUUACUUUAAACUGUACAAGACUUCACAUCUGAUGGACGACACCAUGUUAAAUAAGUGCGUGAAAAAGUCCAACGCUUUGGAAAUAAUCGCGUCGCGGGAUGACAGCGCUGCAGGGCACGAUAUUUCAAACACUGCCAUCGAUAUGAGAAUCAAUACCGUCAUCGCCGGAGAACCGCGAGACUACAGCUCGAAGACUGUCAAUAAUAAUAAAAGCGUUAUAACAAGCGCGCGGGUUUCGCCUUUGGACAGUCCGCCGGUGUAUGUGCUGUCUCCGCACGCAGUCUCGCAGGCGCCUGGUAGGAGCGAGCGCGCGGAAUCACCAAGGAAACGCACGGGAGAGCAGUCCGUCGCGGGCACGGAGAUCAAAGCCGUACAGCAGACGCGCAGACUGUUGGCGAACGCGCGGGAGAGGACGCGCGUGCACACCAUCAGCGCGGCCUUUGAGGCGCUCAGAAAGCAGGUACCCUGCUACUCCUAUGGGCAGAAGCUUUCCAAGCUGGCUAUAUUAAGAAUAGCUUGCAACUACAUACUGUCACUUGCUCAGCUUGCUGACCUGGACUAUACCCCAGACCACCGCAAUUUGAGCUUCAGAGAGUGUGUGGAGCAGUGCACUCGAACUCUACAGGCUGAGGGUCGCUCCAAAAAGAGGAAGGAAUAAAACGAAGAACAUCUUCAGUGACUCUGGAGAAUGAAGGACCUCAAUGAAGACACUUUUCUCAAUGCAGAAGCCCCUGCAGUGUCACAAUUUACAUGUCAAGUGGGGAGUUUUACUGUAAACACUGUGCAAUAGAUUUUACUACAGCUGACCAGUGUCAAAAACUAAACUUAUUUAGGCUCAGAGUAUGCACACUUAUAUAACUCUUGUGCAGUUUAAAAAAAAACUGUUUUCACAAGCAUUGAUAUAUCAAUUUCAGUUUCCGUGUUUUUGUAUUAUUGGAUGAAGACGUGAAGAAUUGCUCACUGAAACUCCACUGGAUUUGUUUUAACAUUACUUCACAGUAAACAGUGGUAAAAACCUGCAAGAUCAUGUGGCAGACAGUUUUUCUCUAAAACAGGAAAACAUAUAAAAGAGGUAUUAUGCAAAAUACCAUUAUAAUAUUUCUGUUCUCUGAGACUUACAUUAUAAACUAGUAUAAACCAGUCAAAAUGAACUAACAUUUUUAUUAUUAAUUUAAAUCAAUCAGUUAGCUAUAUAUCCAUCAGUUUCAGACAUUUUUUUAUCAGAAUGAUUGGUAAUAUUAAUAUCUACCAAAACAUAUUUUAAUGCUGCAAUAUUUUUGGAUUUGAGAGAAUAAGUGCAGCAUUUCCUCAACCAAAAAAAAAAAAACAUUGCUUCUCUUGUUGGUUAUAGCAGUAAGCAAUUUUGACAACUUGUAAAACCUGUGAUCAGAAGGACUGUAUAUGUACUGUAUAUAUGAAGAAUAGUGACCUGAGCUGUGCAGGAUUCCUAUCAGCAGGCCACAAACAUAUGAUCAGCUACUAUGUUAUUAAUAUGUAAUAAAUGCUGCAAUGUCAAAUCAG